CGCGCUUGAGGCCGCCGGCGAGCACGCACCGGACCCGCCCGGCCUAGGAACGGAGGAACGGUUUCCCGGCGAAGCAUCCCCAGCCCCCAGGACACUCGCAGGCCCGGGGCCUGAAGAUGCUGAGCUCGACGUGGAAUUUCCUGAAACGUCACAAAAAGAAAUGCAUUUUCCUGGGCACAGUCCUCGGAGGAGUAUAUAUCCUGGGAAAAUAUGGACAGAAGAAAAUCAGAGAAAUACAAGAAAGGGAGGCUGCAGAAUACAUUGCUCAAGCAAGACGACAAUAUCAUUUUGAGAGUAACCAGAGGACAUGUAAUAUGACCGUGCUGUCCAUGCUCCCAACAUUGAGAGAGUCCUUAAUGCAGCAACUCAAUUCUGAGAGCCUCACCGCUCUGCUGAAAAACAGGCCUUCAAACAAGCUGGAGAUAUGGGAGGAUCUGAAGAUAAUAAGUUUCACAAGAAGUAUUGUAGCUGUAUACAGUACCUGUAUGCUGGUGGUUCUUCUGAGAGUCCAGUUAAACAUCAUUGGUGGAUACAUAUACUUGGACAACGCUGCAGUUGGCAAAAAUGGCACUACAAUUCUUGCUCCCCCGGAUGUCCAGCAGCAAUAUUUAUCAAGUAUCCAACACCUCCUUGGAGAUGGCCUGACCGAACUGAUCACAGUCAUUAAACAAGCCGUGCAGAAGAUUUUAGGAAGUGUUUCUCUGAAGCAUUCUUUGUCCCUUUUGGACUUGGAGCAAAAACUAAAAGGCAUCAGAAAUCUCGUGGAGCAGCAUAAAUCCUCUUCUUGGAUAAAUAAAGAUGGGUCCAAAUCUCUGUUAUGCCCUUAUAUGAUGCCUGAUGAAGAAACUCCGUUAGCAGUCCAGGCCUGUGGACUCUCUCCUAGAGAUGUUACCACGAUUAAGCUACUCAAUGAGACCAGGGACAUGUUGGACAGUCCAGAUUUUAGUGUGGUUUUGGAUACCUGCUUAAACCGGGGUUUCAGCAGACUUCUAGACAAUAUGGCUGAGUUCUUCCGACCCACUGAGCAGGACCUGCAGCACAGUAGCUCCGUGAACAGUCUUUCCAGUGUCAGCUUGCCUUUAGCUAAAAUAAUCCCGAUAGUAAAUGGACAGAUCCACUCAGUCUGCAGUGAAACACCUAGUUAUUUUGUUCAGGAUUUGUUGACAAUGGAACAAGUGAAAGACUUUGCUGCUAAUGUGUAUGAAGCUUUUAGUACCCCUCAACAACUGGAGAAAUAAUUUUUCCUUCAAGAAAAAGGACAGUGAUAUUUAUUGACUUUUAAAAAUAUCACACGGAAUAAAUCAACUGCAAAGUAACAAUCUGUUACCAAAAUGCCUAAUAAAAAUAUAUUCUUAAUCAGA